AUGGAUGGGCCUCUUGGGGGGUUGUGCGGGAGUGUAUCGGGCCCUAAUUAUAUGAAGAGGCGUACUGUGUGUGCCAGCCCGCGCUCCCCUGACCCCUCCGCCUCUAAUGAGAUGUGCAGAUCUGACUUCUCCUUUCUUCCCCAGCGCGGUGUCUUCACAGGGCUGGAUCCCCCCGCGGUGAAGCAGUGGAGCUCCGGCCAGCUGGCGUCCACGCAGACCUCAGGACACGGGGCGGCCAUCUUGGACGGUCGGGAUUGGGGCCAAGGCCGCGAGGAAGCCAGGGACUCUCGCUUCUGCUCAGUGCUCAGAACUGGAAGAGUGUACGCUCAGCCAGCCAGACGUGGCCCUCGAUAUGCUCACUGCUCCUCUCCAACUUUCACUUUUCUUUUGUUCUGUUGGUGA